UCCGACAGCAACUACCGGAAAUGAGCCACAAGUUUCCGCCCUAUUCGGCAUGCACACCGAACAGAGAGCCAUUCUUCUCGACGUUUCAUCGAAUGCUUUAGCCCUCAGGCAAUGGUUCAACGUUUCCUGACACAUGCCGGCGAGUCGGUUUCCUGUCGGCUUCGAUUCACGCCACCACGAAACAUGACGCCUGUGUUCCGAAACCCUGCGAGCCGCACCUGCCACGCCAAGCCAUGCCGCACCCUGGCUUUUUUCAGACGUCAAACCGUCCAAUGCGGAAUGCCGUGAUAUUUCGCAUACACUUCUACACAAAACAGGGGCUUGAGGUAGUUUGAAGCGAGCGGCAAUGCGCGCUAUCGUGAACAGACACGGCAGACAAGACGGAACAACCCUGGCACCCGAUUGCUUAUUCCCACAGUCGACCAUACCCGCACAGCGUCAACUCCAGCCCUAAACCAUCUCUGGUAAUUCAGAUAGCAGGGUAAGGUAGGAGUGCAACCUCACCAUCGAAAGAGGUCCACCAAAACCCCACUGCAUGAUGGGGCCUCAGGAGUACAGAGGUUUUCGUAGGCGCUCUAGCCCACAAUUCUCCUUCGCAAAGGAGUGAGUGAGGUGUUUAUAUUGCGGCCAUGGGAGCCUCAUUCAGGUUAUUCACACCACCGAACUCAUUCGUCGCUUUCUUCGCUUCUCAGGAUACAGGAGAUCCCUUCUUUUUUUUUGUUUCCUUUCGCUCUAUUCAUUCAUUUCUACCAGAGCGCUGUGCGCAGUUCAUACACACACACACACAUCCACACAAUGCAUUACUCUUCUUCCAUCCUGGCGGUUGUCGCCCUCGUCUCUUCUGUCAAUGCCCACGGUGUCAUCGUACAAGCCGUUGGUGAGCAAGGCGCAAGUCAAGGUUUCUUGGUUGAUCAGACCCUUGCUCGCAACUGCACCAACAUCAGUCCUUGCCAGCAGGAUUCUACUAUCAUCCGUGACUCGGAAAUCACCCAGAACAUCGUCAACUCAUGUGGCCGCACCGAGAUUGCCGGCAACAUCGAUGUCGGCGAACAGACAGAGGCUGAAUUGGCUGCUGGACGCAUGACCACAGUCACCAAGGGCUCUAAGCUCGCUGUAACCAUCCAUCAGGUCAACGCCGAUGGUGCUGGUCCCUACGAGUGCGAGCUCGACGAAACCAGCAAUGCUGCUACUAAUUUCGUCAAGUUGCAAGUGGCCAACAACGUCCCUGGUGCCAACGGUCUCUCCGAUGCCAAGGAGCAGAACUUCACCGUCCAAGUCACGAUGCCUGAUGACUUCAACUGCAUCGGAGCAUCGACUGGUGAUAUUUGCACAGUCCGCUGCCGCAACACUGCUGUUGCUGGGCCUUUCGGAGGCUGCUUCGCUGUCCAGCAAACUGAUGGCACCGGUCGAACUGACAAUUCCGCGAGUGGCGUCGAAACUGCGCAGACCCUCCAAGGCAUCUCCGCACAGAUUCUUCAGAACCAGAAAGAUCUACCCAUUGCCAUAGCGGCCAACCAGGCUGUGGGAGCCGCCGAGGCCGCUGUCGCCAAUAAAGACAACGAAGCUGGCAUCGCUGCGAUUUCUGCUCUUCUCGCAGCAAACCCUGCAGCUGGUGCGACCUCUACCUCUGCUGCCGCAAGCGCUACCCAAGCGGCCGGUGGCAAUGGUAAAGGCAAUGGCAAUGGCAACGGAAACAAAAACAACGGAAACCAAAACCAGAAUGCUGGCGGCAACCAAAAUCAGAACCAAGCCGGAGGUAACCAGAAUCAGAACCAAGCUGGCGGUAACCAAAAUCAGAAUGCUGGCGGUAACGCCAACGGUAACAAGGGCGGAAAUGGUCAGCAAGCCGGCAAUGGUAACGGACGAGGCAACAACAAGAAGAGGAGCUUCUCUUUCUUCUCUUAG